CAUUUACCUCUCUUCACCAGUCCCCUCCCAAACAACUAACUUCGGUUUCCAGAUCUGCCAACGGCCAAGAUCAAUCUAAGUAUUUCAGCGGCUCAGAUUAAAUCUAAAAAAGCCACUCCAUAAAGACACUCUCGUUCGUUUCCUAUUGUUACGAAAGGUAUUAAAAACGCUAACAAGCUUCAUUUCCUCCUUUCAAAACGGUAGCGUAUUAGGGUUUAGGUCAGGGUUUGAGAGAUGGCAGAGCAUGAUAAGGAGGAUUCAGUGAUCGAGUCUGUGAUGGAGAAGAUCCACGACCACGAUAAGUCUUCGGAUUCUGAUUCCGAUCACGGGAAACCGAAAUCGGAAUCCGAUUCCCUCAAAUCGAAGAUUUAUCGCAUUUUUGGCCGUGAAAAGCCCGUCCACAAGGUUUUAGGUGGUGGAAAACCUGCUGACAUUUUCCUAUGGAGGAACAAGAAGAUAUCAGCAGGAGUGCUUGGUGGUGCUACUGCUAUAUGGGUUUUGUUUGAACUGCUUGAAUGCCAUCUUCUCACUUUGGUUUGCUACUUCUUGAUCCUCGCUCUUGCGUUACUGUUCUUGUGGUCUAAUGCCUCAACCUUCAUCAACAAGUCCCCACCACACAUUCCAGAAGUUCGCAUUCCUGAGGAACCAGUUCUACAGAUAGCUGCUGCACUUAGGAUUGAGAUCAAUUGGGCUUUUUCUGUCCUUCGGGAUAUUGCAUCAGGAAGGGAUCUGAAGAAGUUCCUUACUGUUAUUGCAGGUCUAUGGGUCUUGUCUAUUGUGGGGAGCUGGUGCAACUUCUUGACCUUGUUCUAUAUUGCUUUUGUAUUGCUGUACACAGUACCUGUUUUCUAUGAGAAGUAUGAGGAUCAGGUGGAUGCAUUUGCGGAAAAGGCAAUGAUUGAGAUUAAGAAGCAAUAUGCAGUCUUCGAUGCUAAAGUUCUAAGUAAGAUUCCCAUGGGGCCAUUGAAGGGCAAGAAAAAGGAUUAGAAGGUUUUCCUGUGGCUGCUAGGUUCUGACGCAAAUUUGCUAGCUGGUGUUUGUUAAGUUGAACCUUGUCCAGUGUUCGUAGAAUCCUUCUUCCCCCCCUCCUCCCUUUAGAUCUCUGGGUUCAAAUGUUAAUGGAUGUGGGAUUCUUAAUAGUUGUUUUUACACACAUGGCAGCAUUUCCAUGGAUCUAUCAUCUGUGAGUGGUCUUGUGCCUAUGUUGUUAUAUUACAUAUUUAAUUAGAUGCUUGUACAUUGGGGUUUUGUUA